AUGUUCUAUCGGCAGAGCUUGCAGAAACUGAUUGAUGGUAUUGGCUCGGCACUGCUAUUCCUCCAGGCCCUGCCUUUCCCCAGGCGCCUGUAUAUGAUCUUCAACCUCGCGGUUCGACCCUCGCCGACCUCGCGGAGCCUUCGAAGAGCAGCGCAGCUCGCCCAUGUUCACUCGACUCGCCCGUCUCUCGACUCCAUGUUUGCAAAGGCUAACAAGGCUUUCAAGGCCAACGAGCCCCCCGGUCGCACUGCCCUGUCCAAGCAGCUGUUCCCGUCCAGCAGCCCGGCGGCUCCCGUGACCGACAUUCGAGACCAGUUGAAGAAGUCCGUUGCCAACGCCAGCAGCGCCUCUGCUUCUGCUUCUGCUUCCGCUUCCGCUUCCGCUUCUGCUUCGUCGGCGAGGACGGCUCCGUUUUCGAAACCUCUGCAAGACCGAUCAUCGGGCCUCGUGCAGCAGCAACGGCCUACGACAAACCCAAGCAGUGCUGCCACGGGAGCGUUGGCGACUCUCUACAGCAAUUCGGACCCGUUCAAGCACGACAUGGAUGUUGUUGACCUUACUGGUCCCGACACAAACACAAAGUUCCAAGAAGUUUAUUUUGAAGAAGAUGAUUUCAGCGACGAUGCGGACCUCGAUCUCGAUUACAAGGCCCCCUCUUCGCUUCCCGUUCUCCCCGACCCAAAACCAAAGCCGAUAGAAGAAGAUAUUCUCCCUCCCUCUUCCGCUGCACCCCCGCCGGCGACUCAAGUAAUCGACUGGUCUUCUUCUCCCACGUCACAUUACUUCCCCCCUCAACCCCAAAGGGCAGCGGCUUCCCUGAAGCGUGAUUCGUCCGGAGAGAGUGAGCUGUCGGGGUUGCCCGCACAAAAGAAAAAGCGAGUGUUGCCAUCGAGUUUCCGCUUAGAACCCGUACAGAGGCAAAGCCAAGAUGCUCCUGCUGCUGCGAUCGCCCCACCCACACGGCCAGCGCGCAUGUGGGAGGCUUCCGUCAAUACCAUUAACGAGCAGAAGAAACAGUUCAAAAAUCAACAGACAACCCGGUCAGAAUCCCGUGGUGUGGACGAACAGACGCCCGAGUUUGGAAAAUCCCACGAUGCCUCCAAGGGCGAUGCCAUCCAUCUGAGUAAGGAGCAGGAGCAUGUGCUUGACCUAGUGGUGAACCAGGGGAAAAGUGUGUUUUUCACGGGACCAGCAGGAACGGGAAAAUCCGUCUUGAUGAGAGCCAUCAUCAACCAGCUGAGAACUAAAUAUGCCCGGGAUCGCGAGCGGGUGGCUGUGACGGCCUCGACUGGCCUUGCAGCUUGUAACAUUGGAGGAAUUACGCUUCACAGCUUCUCGGGUAGGCCAUAUGUUGACCUUGCCGCAGGCCCAAUGCUCGUCGGUUGA